AAGUUGAGCUAAACGUUAAGACUGAUGCCGAGCCCCUUUGCAGCUGCUCUUCAUUCUCCACCACCACUAAUUCCGUUCCUGACCCUUUGUCGAUGUCGAGCAACGUAGCUAAUGGUAGCUCUUCGGCCAAUCCAAUGGCGCUGUGGAAAGGCUGCGCUGCAAUCGUGUGAAAGACCUGUCGCUGUUGCAGAGUCCAUGUGGCUUCUCUCGUAUCGAUUAAAACCGCAGCCAGUGUGGUGAGCGAUGUCUCCGAAAGCGUGGUCUGCGUACGUUGGAGAGUAUGUUGCGGUCGUUUGGGGGGUAGCGGUGUGCGUUCGUGCGCGGUAGAGUCGAAUUUGGACGCAGGAAGGGCUUAGUCUAGGAUAGAGUCGACGUUCGUAGAACUUUUUGAAGAGUUCUGAAGGCUUUUGGAGGUGUAUUUCGUGAAGGGUUUGGAGGAGCAAGUAGAGGAGGUGUUUUGUGAUAUUUAUAUAUAUAUUUUUGGCAUGCUGAAGUUUGUGGAAACUGUUGUUGGUGCCGAGGAGUUUUGAAGUUGGUCAGUGAGUGGGCCUCACAUGGCGAGUUAACGAAGAAAUGCUCCAGUAGCGGAGAGUUGAUGACGUUGCAGUGUUGAAAGUGAAUCGGAGCCACAGCUUGUUGCAGGUCAUGAUAGUGAUUUAGCCACUAUAUUUUGUGUACGGUUAGGUUUUCAGCUUGCGUUGUGAAGGAAUGUGGAGUGUGAGUUGUGUUUAGUGAUGCGCCUUUCACAGUUAUGAUCUGUCACUCCGAUCUCGUCGGUGCAAGGGGUGCGAUCGUUUGUAUGCGCACUUGAGCACUGGAGGGGUUGGUGAUUUACUGCCAGGAUAGCUGUUUACAUGGACUUGUUUCCUGCAAGGGCGUCUGGGAAUUUCAUCUGUAAACCAGCUACCUUUUUUUUUGUCUCUGUUUUCAGCACCAGAUAAGGUUGAUGCUAGCAAUAUGGGAAUAUUGUGCUCGAGGAUGGUGAUUGAGACGUUCGGUGAGAUGCGUUUUUUGGUUUCGACGGCGGAGUAGCUGGGAAAUCAAUGGGCUACUACCGAGUGGUUUCAAGAGUUCAGUGUUUUCGUUAAGACUAGUACAUUUUUAAUAGUACGAAAAGUUUGUGGUGUUGAGGCUGUUUCUUUCACUUGAUUAUGCUAAACGCAAUUAACGAGUGCUGCUAAUCCUGUGAUAUACGGUGGUUCAAAAUGAAAAGAGAGAAAGGAGAGAGAUCUGAUGGUGGUAAGCAGCAGGAGCCAGAGAUUGCUUUGUUUCCUCGGUUGCAUGUGGCUGAAACGAAGAAGGCAGGACCACGAGGUCCACCUCGGAAUAAGAUGGCACUUUAUGAGCAGCUCACUGUUCCAUCUCACAAAUUUAAACCAUCUCCAAUGCCUCUGCCCCCCAAUGGUCGAACUAUACAGAGUCCCUCCAUGAGUACCCCCAUAUACCUACCGCAGAUGCCAGUUGGAUCUUACGAGAGUAUGUACUCGUACAUGCCCUUCAGCUACAUGAAGCCUGCUGUUGUUCCAGUGAUGACAUGCAUGCCCGUGAUGAAUUCGGGACAAUGCGGUGUUGAAGCUAAGUCAUCGAAAAUUACCAGCAGUAAUAGUGAUAGUACUGUAAUGGACGGAGCUUCAGAAUCACCCUCGUUGGGACGUGCAGUUGGCCGUAAGUCUGAAUCUUUGGGCCACUGCGCUCCCACCAACAAGGAAAGUCUAGGUGACGAUUUCGCUGUUCCCACUUACUCUUCGGCAUCACAAUCUAGCAGUCAAACGGUACUCACGACUGUCCCUCCAAAUCGACAAGGAUCUAGACAACAGAGGGCUUUUGUAAGAGGCAAGGAGCGGUCCUCUCCGUGCAUGAAUCAAGUUAGACGCUUGCUGACGGAGAAGAGUACUGAGGUCGUGUCAAGUGUGCGCAAGGAUGACGGUCGCGUUCCCACAGCUAGUGGGGAAUGUGCAGUUGUGUCCGUCGUUGACAACGAUGUGGGUUCUGAAGAAGUCAAUCCCAGCGAGUUGGAUGGAGCCCCCGUGGCUUGUGACGGUGGUUUUGUGCAGCCUAGUACACACGAAAUCGGUCAAGAGGAGCUUCUGUUGCAGCAGAGAGACGAGGCAAGGGAAAAGGUCGUAAGACCUAUCAAUGCAUCAGAAACCUUUGCCGCGAUUGUCCCUCCCGUCUCGGUGCAUAGAGCAAAUAGCUUGACAGGCGCGUCCGAGCGCAAUGACUUCAGCAACCAAACUUCGGAAAACCAACGUGGAGAGGGAUCAAAGCCCUCCCGGCUAAGAAGAGACAGCAGUAUGGAAACAGGAUCUUCAAUGCUGGAAAACGUAGUGAUGGGUUCUAUAGAAUUUCGAGAUGUUGUGGAUGCUUUUGGUCAGCAAGAAUUUUGGAAAGUUCAGAUGAUGAUCAUCAGGCAGCAAAAGCUCUUUGCACUACAGGUCUUCGAACUUCACCGAGCCAUUGAAGUGCAGCAGCUUCUGGCGAAAGCGCUUUGUUUUUCCCUCCAUGUUGAUGAGGUACCACAAAAAGUUGAUAAUAUUCUUAGGCCUUCAAGCCCUGUAGCUGAAGUUCCCGAAACACCUGAAGCCCUUGAAAUCCCUAAAGCUACCGAAAUUCCUGAAGUUCCUGAGGUUUCAGAAAGACGUUUCGAAACGAAGGUAUGUAAAGAUUUGAAUGAAAACUCCAGAUCAGUUCCGGAGUCAGUAUCUCAACCCUUAUACCCUUUACCUUUACCCUUCCAGCAGGGUUUUAAUUCUGGAUCAGCGUGGCCGGCAGGCCCUUAUGCUGCAAAUCCUUGUGCAACAAGGAUGAUGUCUCCCUAUAUGUAUGUACCAUAUUCAGGGCCUUGCCCUCCUGGGUACGGUGCGUAUCCCAUGAUGGAUGCACCGAUGCCCAGGUUUGGUUAUCCUGGAGUUAUGCAGACUGUCAGAUUUCCUACUUGGUCGCAGCCAUCUAUGCCUCAGACCUGGACCAGCCUAAAUGCUGCUGCAGCAGCAGCAGCAUGGUAUGGUCAACAUGUUUCAGCAGCUGUGCCCACUGCAAAUACGGGAGUAGCGUCUCCUGCACGCAAUUCUCAACGCCUUAUUUCUUCUGGAUCCGGUCAAUCAGUUGAGAAUACUCAACAAGCUGGAGUGGGGUCCGAUGUUGGAGUUAAUCUCGUUAACAAGGUGGGCCCUUUGGAUGAUCGUGGGUGGGCUAAAGGUUGGGGGAGCUCGGAAAGGCAGCGUGCUUCGGGGGAGGGAAACCCCCAGAACAAAACAAGUUUUGCCGGUCUCCGAGGAGAUAAUGGUAACUGCCAAAAUAGUGAGGACCAUCGAUAUGGUGAGACCGAACGGGAUGUUUCUGGUUGUGGAGUUAGGCAGCGAACUAACGAAGAUGACCGAGGGGUUGAGUGUGAUGUAGACAGCAGAGAGUAUCGUGAGCCGGAUUCAGAAAAAAGCUGGCCAGCUGAGACAAGCCAUGCGGGACCCUUGCAAGGAAGGUCGUUGAAACAUAUGCGAUCAGAGAGUUUAGAACCUAGUGCAAGUCGUUGGUUUCCGACUCUGUCUCCUGCUAAACGAGUUAUGCAUAAAUAUGGUGGCGUGAUCAAAGUUGUCCCUCGGGCAGUUUCUGCUACUCAAGAAUCGACAGCUAGUAUACUGUUGUCAAUCCAAACAGAGCGACGGCGCUAACGGAGGCGAUUCGUUGUGCUUGGGUGUGGGAGCUGCUGAUUGUUUAGGACAGUGUAACCCGCUUUUACGUGUUGGACUCAACCGCAUGGCGUUCGGGUGCUGCCUGAUGUUAUGUUUCCUGAUUCUUGGAAUCUGCGCUGUGCAAAAUGUCGUUCCAGACAAAGAGGUAGGACUUGUCUGCACGCAUUUGUAUAUAAUUGCUGGAUGCUUACGAUUCAAAUCUUACACUGUUUUGGUGAUGACAUUUCAAACCUCAGUGAGUUUCAUUUCGGCCGUACUUUUACUUUAAUCGCUUUAUCUCCUUGGCAACCCACAAAAUUUGAAGAAAAGAUGGAACAUAAGUCUUUUGAGUUGCUAUCCAGGAUGAUUAGCUUAUCUGAGGUAAUGAUAGCCGUUAUCUGAUUUUGGUAAUUGUGGUGCUGAAAUUCUCCACUAGUGAACUCUUUUUGUUCAUUCGUUGUAAUUUGUGAACUUCGAACAUUUAUCAUAGAAGCAUGGAGGUCUACAGUGAUCUUCCCGAUCACUAAAUGAAAUAUGUGUGAGAUUCAAUGAAGGUAUAAUAUAUAUCGUGUGUUGUUACGUUAAUGGUU